GUAAUAUAUCAAAGAAUCUCGUAAAACCGACACUAAAACGUCCCUGCCUACAAAUCAUCCGGCCAAAUUAUGAGUUCAUUGUAUUAUGCGAAUGCUUUAUUUUCUAAAUAUCCAGCCGCAAGUUCGGUUUUCGCUACUGGAGCCUUCCCCGAACAAACUUCUUGUGCGUUUGCUUCCAACCCCCAGCGCCCGGGCUAUGGAGCGGCUUCGGGCGCUUCCUUCGCCGCCUCGAUGCAGGGCUUGUACCCGGGCGGGGGGGGCAUGGCGGGCCAGAGCGCGGCCGGUGUCUACGCGGCCGGCUACGGGCUCGAGCCGAGUUCCUUCAACAUGCACUGCGCGCCCUUUGAGCAGAACCUCUCCGGGGUGUGUCCCGGAGACUCCGCCAAGGCGGCGGGCGCCAAGGAGCAGAGGGACUCAGACUUGGCUGCCGAGAGUAACUUCCGGAUCUACCCCUGGAUGCGAAGCUCAGGGACAGACCGCAAGCGAGGCCGCCAGACCUACACCCGCUACCAGACGCUGGAGCUGGAGAAAGAGUUCCACUACAAUCGCUACCUGACGCGGCGAAGGCGCAUCGAGAUCGCGCACGCGCUCUGCCUCACUGAAAGACAGAUCAAGAUUUGGUUCCAGAACCGGCGCAUGAAGUGGAAAAAGGAGAACAAGACCGCCAGUCCUGGCGCAGGCGGCCAAGACAAGGCCGAGGCGGAGGAGGAAGAGGAAGAGUGAGGGACAGAGAAAGGGCAGAGGAAGAGAGGAAAAAAACAGAGAGGGAAAAGGGAGAAGCCCCACUCUGGGAACUGAACCAGGAAA